AUGAGAGGAGAGUGGAAGCUUUUGAACUCCAUGGCUGACAUGAGCUAUGGCGGUGGUGCAAGCAAACCAUUUUCCCGCCUCCACGACGCCGUUUUGGAGCUCCCCACAAGAUACUGUUAUGGCGGAGCAACCGUCGACAUCGAAUUCCGAUACGAACCCCCACCCGCGUCGCAAGAAGCGAAUAACAGCCGGGUCGAAUUCUCCCUCCGGGCCCCCGGCAAAUGGAAGACCGCGGACGAGCAGCGGAUCUACUCGUCGAGGCUGGCAGACGCGCUGCGGUCCUUCCGCCCCUCGGACUCCACCGCCGUCGCCGUUCGCGAUGCCGCCGACCGGGUCCUCGCCGUCUCCUCCAGGGGCAGGACACGCUGGAGCCGGGCGCUGAUGACCCGCCGGCUCGGUCUCCGGCUUUCCCAGAUAAGGAGGAAGCACAGGCGGGCCGCGAGACCGGACGCCGGGCCAAGAAAACCGGCGUCCCAAGGGAAACUACCGCUGCCGCUGCAGAGGAAAGCGCGGGCCUUGUGA